AUGCUGAGAGGCGGAGAGGGAUGGAUGGAUGAAAAGGUGGAGAACGAGAGUGGGUGGGUGGGGGGCUCCUCAGCAGCGGCUGGCUGGGCGUGGGUGGGGGACUCGAGGGCUGUGCUGGCACACAGACGAGAGGGCGGAGACGGGUCCCAUGCUGGGCCUGGCCAUGAGUCGCAGCCUGGGGUCUCAGCCACCCCAGAGGUAUUGCGCGGCCAAUCAGACGCCUCCCUGCUGCUGGGGUUAGACCGGCCUUCUCACAACUCAGAGUCUCAUUCAUCUCACCGUGUGGUGGUGCGUCGUCUCGACCAAUCAGACGCCUUCCUGGUGCUGGGGUCAGACGGCCUGUGGGAGUAUGUGGGGGAUGACGAGGCGAUAGGGGUGGUGGUGGCGGCGGGGAGCAUAGAGGCGGGAGUGAAGGCGCUGCUGGCCUUGGCCAAGGAGCGGUGGCUGAAGAGAGAUGGGGCGGGGUAUGUUGAUGAUGUCACUGCUCUGGUCGUGGGGUUCACACACCGGAAGGUAUAG